CAAUUAUGGACGGCAAUGGCAUCACUUUAUCAACUACUACAAGUACAAUACAACAUUGUUAUCACACUCUUCACACACACAACAAGAGCAACAGAGAAUCACACUAUUCUUGUCAUGACUUCUUCUGGGUUUUCAUUAUCUUCAACUGCAGAGGAGGUUACUCAUGGGAUUCAUGGGAGUGGUCUUACUGCAAUUGUUACAGGAACAACACAUGGUAUUGGCAUUGAGACUGCAAGAGUUCUUGCCUUGCGUGGUGUUCAUGUGAUUAUGGGAGUGAGAAAUAUUAAUGCUGGAAAAGUUGUUAGAGAAGAAAUACUUAAGGAGAUUCCUAAAGCUAAAGUUAGUGUGAUGGAGUUAGAUUUAAGUUCAAUGGCAUCUGUUAGAAAAUUUGCAUCAGAAUUCAAUUCCUCUUCUCUUCCAUUGAACAUUCUCAUAAACAACGCAGGAAUUUGUGCAGCACCUUUCACACUGUCCAAAGACAACAUUGAACUACAAUUUGCCACAAAUUAUUUAGGUCAUUUUCUUUUAACAAACCUUUUGUUAGACACUAUGAAGAAAACAGCUAAUGAAAGCAAGAAAGAAGGAAGAAUUAUUAUUGUCUCAUCUGAUGGUCACAAUUACACAUAUCCUGAAGGAAUCCUUUUUGAAAAAAUUAAUGAUGAGUCAAGUUUCGACAGAUGGAAGGCAUAUGGUCAAUCUAAGCUUGCUAACAUUUUACAUGCCAAUGAACUUGCAAGAUAUCUCAAAGAAGAUGGGGUUAAUAUUACUGCAAAUUCUCUUCAUCCAGGAGCUAUUAUCACCAACAUUGUUAGUCCUGAGGUUGGUCAAACUAUCCCGAAAGGUCUACUAAAUGUUCUUGGGGAAUUUGUAAUUAAAAGUGUCCAGCAGGGAGCAGCAACAACAUGCUAUGUAGCAUUGAAUCCACAGCUGAAUGGUAUUAGUGGAAAGUUUUUUUCUGACAGUAAUGUGGUUGAACCAAGCUCACAGGCAAAAGACACUGAUUUGGCAAAGAAACUUUGGGAUUUCAGCUUGAAAUUAAUUAAAUAGAAUAUCCAAAAAGAUAUGUAUGUACUUUAAAUUAACUAUGAUUGUUGAAUUGUUUGCCACUCUAGUCAAGUCUAGUGGCAUUGAAAUGUUAUCAACCACAUUCCAUGGCAGUGCUAAAUAUCAUUAUAUUAUAAAGUGAAAUUUCAGUUA